GUCAGAGUGACCCCUGUAGGCCACCGCAGCCAACCACCCUAUGGCUCUGCUCCCUGGGGCCCCGCCGGUGCAGGGCAGUCAGCCAGGACCCAGUCCUGGAGCUCUGGUGGCGCUCAAGUGGGGCCAUUCUGGGUUUCUCCACUGGACAGCCACGGAGGCAGAUGUGGGGGUGGGGCGGGGUGGGGUCCAAGCACAUGUGUUAAGGGUCCCACGUCAGCUUCACCCCAACCCAUGAAAUCCCAGGAUGGACCCUCCUAGAGAGGAAGCCAUGACAAUGGUCUGGGUUGGAGCUGACUCCACCCCCACGAGCUACAGGGCACGUGAUAAACUUUGUAAAUGUAGCACAUGCAAAUCGAGAGAACCGGAACUUCUGUGUCUGUACACUGAGGGUUGGUGGAACCCAGCCAUGCCCCGGGCGAGUGUGUGCGGCUGUGCCGGCCACACGGAGAGCAGCUAUUGGAGACCAGACGAGGGUCCCAGCAGGGGAGGGGGCAGCCUUUGGGCCGUCCUGAGAGCUGAGCUGGGGUGGGGGAGCAGGAGGUGAGGGCGAGGUUAGGGAUGGCCUGCGGGGUACCAGGGGUGGCAGGGCCAGCUGGUGGCGUGAGAGCAGAUUGGGUGGCGGAGAUCAGAGCAUCCUGGCGUGGGCAGGAUCAGGUCAUUAUGAGAAGGUGACGGAUCCCAUCCCUGCAACCUCGGGCAAAUGGCUCACUGGGGUCAGCGUGCUCAUUGGACCGGGCACUAACAGGAGGCGCCGUUCCGCUGCCCUCGCUGAUGGUGGGAGAGAGGCUGGCACCCGGUGACGUGCACCUCGGAGCAUGGUGGAGGCUGCCCUGGGCAGGGCCCGCAGACUGGGGCCUCGCUCCCACAUUUGCUGGUUACCAGCUUGGAGAAGUCCCUUCUGCACCCUUGGCUUCUCUCGCUGCGGGCUGGAAUGGAGACUCGAGGCAGGCAGAGCUCCCGGAGACAGGAAAUGAAGGGAGAGGGUGGACACCAGGUGUGCCUUGGAAAUCUACUGCAUCGGCACAGGAGAGCUGUGUCACCCAGGCCACCCAAGUGUGAGGGUGAGUGCCCCCUACAGGAGCCAAGGCUGUUACUCAGGGCCUCUGCCCAUCCUCUGGGCGGGGCCGGGUGUCCGCUGGGGAAUCUCCAGGCCUCAGAGCGCAGAGGAUGCUCCCUGCUGUGCACCUGCUCCUCCUCCUGGCCGGCCCCCUGGCCCUGGCUGGUGGGCAGCGGGGUGAAGCGCACACCAACGCCUCCAGGCAGCAGCUUCCAGGGACAGAGGAGGGCUCCCCAGCCUCAAAAUUGCCUGGCAACACUGGCUUUGCCUUCCGCCUCUACCACCUGGUGGCCUCCGAACGGCCUGGGGCGAACAUCUUCUCCCCACUGAGUGUCUCGGUCACCUUGGCCCUGCUCUCCCUGGGGGCCCGCUCCAAUACCCAGAUCCUCCAGGGCCUGGGCUUCAACCUCACGGAGCUGCCCAGGGCCACCAUCCCCCAGGGCUUCCGGCACCUCCUGCACACACUCAGCCUCUCGGGCCACAGGCUGGAGACCCACGUGGGCAGCUCCCUGUUUCUGAGCCAAGACUUGGAGCCCCUCCCGAGGUUCCUGAACAACAUGGCCUUCUACACGUCCAGGCUCUUCCGCACCAACUUCCGAGAGCCCGAGGAUGCAGCCCAGCUCAUCAAUGACCACGUCAGGGCGGAGACCCGGGGCAAGAUCACAGAUCUGGUCAGAGAACUCAAACCCAGCACCCAGCUCGUGCUGGCGAACUACAUCUACUUCAAGGCGCUGUGGGAGAAGCCAUUCAUCCUCGCCCAGACCAAGCCCCAAGACUUCUACGUGGACGAGAGCACAGUGGUCCAGGUGCCCAUGAUGCUGCAGCACCAGCAGCACCGCUGGUACCUCCAGGACCAGCACCUGGCCUGCUCCGUGCUGCGCAUGGACUACAAGGGAGGCGCCUCGGCCCUCUUUGUCCUUCCCGACCGAGGCAAAAUGGCAGAGGUGGAGGAGGCGCUGACGCCCAGGACGCUGCGGCGAUGGGACAGCUUGCUGAGCAGGAGGAACUUUUACAAGCCGCUGGAGCUGCAUCUCCCCAAGUUCUCCAUUUCUGGCUCCUACCUGCUCAAUCAGAUCUUGCCCAAGCUCGGCUUCACAGAACUGGUCUCCCCACGGGCUGACUUUUCCGGCAUCAGCGAACGUGAGAAACUGCAGGUGUCCAGAAGUUUCCACAAGGCCACCCUUGACAUUGACGAGGCCGGCACAGAGGCAGCGGCGGCCACGGGCACCUCCAUCAUCUUGCUGUCCGCCCAGAAGAAUCACUGAGUCCUGUGGUUCAACCGGCCCUUCCUGGUGGUGAUCUCCUCCCCCAGCACCCAGGGCGUGCUCUUCCUGGGCAGGGUCGUCAACCCCACAAAGCUGUAGCCUCCUCCAGCGGGAGGGCAUGGCCUGGGACAAGCUCCCUGUACUGAGUGGGGGCCGAGGAUGGUGCCGGGAGCCCAGGGCAGAGGGGUUGGUGAGGGGCGGGAGUGGUGGUCCCUAGAUGGGCUGGAUGGAGGGAGAAACCCUCCCAGGGUGACUGUGAGGAUUAAACAGAGGAAGAACUUUGAAGUCCUGGUCCACAGCUCGCACACAGCAGGUGUUUAAUUAUGGCGUGCUUGCCUGGUCCUCCAGGCUCCGCCCCCUCCCUCCAGGUUCCAGGGCUUGUUGGUAUGUGGGUGGAGCGCCCCAGGCAGGCCAGUGCCUGUGUCCACAGCAAGGUCUGGGAGGCCUUUGCGGGGAGCGCACACACCAAGGCUGCCACACGGCGGCCUGAAGGAGGGGCCUGGUGAGGCCCCGCCCCAGCAGCGGCUCUCCUGGGUACAUGGCGUGGUCCCCGGGCUGCUUCAGGAAUGGAGCCCUGGUCUCUGUGCUGGCUGUGCCAGUGAUGUGCUCUGGGGCUGCAGGCAAAGCCCCGCUCUUCCUGAGUAGCACAGGCUGGCCCAGUUGGCCCAGCUCUCGCCAUUGGCAUACAUGCACUGUAUUCUCGGGGGAGGGUCCCCCCAGAGUCCGGGGAAAUAACCCAGAGGCCUGUGGAAAGAGGCAGGAGCUGGCUGUGUGUGCCCCAAGCCUCAGGGACUUCUGGCAAAUGCGGGUUUUCGUGGUGGCCAGUGUGACAGUGGAACCCCUGGGAGAGUGAGCUUGGACUGCCCAAAGGAGGGGCUCUCCCUGCCUCUCCCUGGGCCCGGCUCACCCUCUGUUGGGAGGUCUGGAGUAAGACUUCCUACAAGGCUCUGCCUCCAGCCGCUCACCCCUGGCCUGGAGCCAGGCAGCCUGUCUUGCUCCCACAGGUUGUCGGCACGUGGACUUCAAAAUCCCUGGGUUCAGAUCCCAGCUCUGCUGCUUAGAAGCUGUGCAAUUUGGAGAAGUUGAGCACCUCUCUGGGCAUCGGUGUCCCCAGCUAUGUAAGAGGAUUGUCUACCUCAUGGCUCUGCUGUGA